AUGAAAGCUGGUUCUCUGCAUCAGUUUUUCGGUGAAUUUAGAUCAUAUUGCAUAAACCACAGGCCGAAACAAAAGAUUGAUGAACAGGUUCUAAAACAGGCUGCUGCAGAUAUAAUGUGUUAUAUUUGUUAUGAUAAAGUUAAUACUAAUGACUUUGUGAAAACAUUAUGGGCUCCCUGCUGUAAAAAAGAUGCAUGGUUUCAUCGCAUUUGUGUUCAGCAACUUGCAUUGAGUGCAGGGUAUUUUUUCAAGUGUCCCUUAUGUAACAAUAAAAAAGAUUUUCAAAAAUCAAUGUUAGAGUACGGCAUUUUCGUGCCAAGUCAAGAUGCUUCGUGGGAAUUGGAACCAAAUGCAUUUGAAGAGCUUUUGUAUAGGCAUGAUCAAUGCGAUGCACCGAAAUGUCUUUGUCCAAAGGGAAGGAAAUAUACAAGUACUAAUGCUAAGUGGGAAUUGGCCCUAUGUCGUACUUGCGGUUCACAAGGUAUCCAUAUGUCUUGCGGACAGUUGAAGUGGGCUAAUCCGGUGUGGGAAUGCGAAGAAUGUACAUCUAUAUUAAACUCAGAUUCAGAUUCAGAUUCAGAUUUGGAUAGUGAUACAGAUAUCUCUGUGGGAACUGACUUCCCUAUGCCGUGCGCCUUGACCGAUUCAUCUUCCACUUCUUCCUUAGAGUCUAUUCUGGAUAAUAUUAAUUUGCGACCUGGACCACGUUCUUUUAAGUUACAACAGCAAAUGAUCAAACUAGGCCAAUGGUUAGACUUAACAAGUACCGUGCUUGAAAAGAAUAUAGCUGCUAUUGAAACUAGUACAAAAGAUGAAUCAAAAAAUGAAUUCUUAUUAAAAAAUGAUGAGAAGAAGGAGCCAUUGAUAAGUGAAGAAAGUAAGGAAAGUAAAAAAAAUAUUCUUCAGCGAGAAAGUAAGGAAGAUAGCUUCCAGAAAGAAAAACAGUUGCAUUUUCAGCGAAAAAAUAAAGAAGAUAGCCCCCGGAAAAAAAAACAGUUGCCCAGCAAAAAUAAUGAAAAAUCUCAGCCGAUUCAGACGAAGACAGAUGUUAUCAUAAUUGAAAGCGAUGAUGAUAUGGAGCUUAUUACAUUAACACAAAAAACGAAUCUUUCAUCUGUACACAUGAAACAGCCUACACAAUUUAGCAGUUUGUGUCUUCCUAGCACAUCAACAUCGAAGAAGUUAAAUGCAACAGUGGGAUCUAAAAGUCAAAAUGUAGCGACAAUUGAUUUAUUAGAAAAGGAUUAUAUCGAUUUACCAAAACCUAUUGCAGAAAGAGCUUCGAAGAAAAACGAAUCUAUCAUCUCCAAGGACCAAAUCGAUGUACUUACGUCACAAGAAUCUACAUUAGAUCUAAUUACUUCAAACGUUAUAAAAACGGAAGAAACAAGUGAAACGUCAUUUAUGAAUAUCAAAAUUACUAAUGUUGUUUCUCUGCCACCUGAAGUGUUCGAAAGUGUACCUGAUGUUAUAUGUGACAAUAUCACAUUACAUGCUAAUACCUCGCCUCUUUCUAUAAAUGAAACAUUAGAGCAACUCGUUACCUCUGUCUCAUCGAAGCGUAGCAUGCAUGAAGCGAAUAACAUUAACAACUGCAAGAAGAUCAAAAGAAAUAAUUUCGACGAAAGGUUGCACGAAACAUAUUCUCGAGUCGGAACUACAGUAUCUGAUAGAAAUGAAACAAAUAAUACUCAAAAUGAUGCAAAAAAUAGUACAAAUAAUACAGAUAGUCUGCAAAGUGAAAGAACAUCUGCAAACAAGUUCAUUCCACUGUUAAGUAAUAAUCCAGCAAAUAAUUUAUCUUCACAACACAAUUAUAUACAAAUUAAGGCAAAUGAUGUGCAACAUAUGAAUCAAAUUUUAUCAAAUUUGGAAGGAAAUACUGUACAUGUUAAUCUAAACCAGAGGAACGAAAACCGAGUCACACAAGCAAAUACGACAGAAUUUGUAACUUUCACUAAGAAUAAUCCAGUUUUAUUGCCAAUUAGUAGUUAUUACCUUCAACAAAUACCGAAUUUUACGGCAAUUGAUCAAAAUGAUGGAAAAAAUGAAACAAACUUGUAUGGUGUACCAUCGAAUAGCAUAAUUCUACCACGUGUGACAGAUAAUAUCACUGUGCUUAGUAAUUCAACAGUACUUAGCAAUCCUCUGCUAAAUCAACCAGUAAUGACUAAUGUAACUGCGCCUAUUCUGAGCGACAAACGAAUAAUAACAGUAAAUCAACAAGAAGCUGCAUCAAGGAAAGAUGUACUUUCUAGUACACCUAGUAUUGAGAACAUUUCCACAAACAAGACGACACACAAGAAGAACUGUGACGGGGAUGCAGGCAGACCUGAGACUGAAUCUACCAACAAUAAGAAAGCUGACCCAUCAAAUUGUUCCUGCAAUGUCUUCGACAAACAAACCAUUGCCUGUCAAAGAUCUAACGCAACCUGCAGUGUCUUCCCACAAAUCACUAACAACCAUGUCACAUGUCAUCGACCUGGACUGAUACCACGUUACGUGAAUCUACAGGACCUGAAAUUUCGAGUCUGCGCAUCGAACAAUAUUGAAAUGAUUUUAUACGAUACGUUUUCCGUAAAUAUUUCGAUGAAGAACUUCAAGGAAAGUAAGAGAUUGGCAGAUGUAGCUGCAUCGCGGGAAGCAAAAGAAAUGUCUACCAUUGCAUCUCGUGAAGCUUCGUGCAGUUCAAAUUAUACCGACAAUAUUACAACUGAGAGACAUUUUCGCUCUUUGAAAAAUGAAAAUUUUUCAAUUAAUGACAAAAUAUACAUAGCGCACAGUCAGGAUGAUGCUAAAGAGAAUUUAAAUCCGAUCAGAUCUAAAGUAUUAUUGCAUAACGAUACAUUAGACAAUGUGAACUCGACAAAUAAUAUUGACAGCGCAAUGAAAAAUAACUGUUUUAAAGUUCACGAGAAUGACAGUGAGACGUGUCUCGUUUCAAGUGAUACUAAUGUAAGUGUAUUAAAUCGAACAAUUUGCAAUACGAAUGUAGAUAAUAUUGUAUCGCUUAUUUCGAACCAAGGUUCACGAAUUAGUUUAGAAACUGUACAGCGACAUAAACAAGCGUCUAUAAACAGUGUGCAUAUAGAAGAAAGGUCCAGGGCUCAACUAUUUUUCAAGGAGACUAAUAGAAUAGUACACAGUGUUGAUUUUGAUUUAAAUGUUAAUAUGAAUAAAAACAUUGAGAAAAUAUCGCAAAAUGAUAUCACUGUUCAACAUACUGAUAAUAAAAUUGGUAAUGAUCAUACAGACGAUUCUCCGACAUUACAGAACGGUUUAAAAAAUUUAAAUAGUAUGAACAUCAGUUCGAAGAUCAAUAACCGGAACGUCACGCGAGUCUCGAAUAUUACAAAGUUUAAUGAACAUAGUAUUCUAAGUAAGCAGAUCGAUGCGUGCAAUUCUAAAAAGUUCAUUCAAUGCAUAGCGUUUCAAGAAAAUACUGUAUGUCGUAAUGGUGAGACUAGGAUAAAAAAUAAUGAAUUUUGUCUCAAAGUGAGUAUAGAUUUAUGUAAGAUACAAAAUCUAAUUGACUCUAAACCGGAAUUAUUUAAAAAUUCAAAGCAUAACGCUAAUGAUCAAUGGCAUAAGCAUACAAAUCGAUUACCUGGCUUAGAUAACUAUGUUUGACAAUAGGAUACUGUGAUAUUGAGAAUAGAAAUAGGGUGAUUUCCAGCAAGAGACACGUAUGAUACAGUGUAACACAGUGAAUCAUUACAUUCUUAUUAUUUGUCAAUGUUAAACGAAGAUGAUCACUAUAUCAUACUUUGUCGCUUAUUGGAAAGCACCAAUAAUAAUUAUCCGCCUAAAAAUAGGGAAUUACAGAACUUAAAUUACGCGAACAUCAAGUGGAUGCAAAAAAUGUUAUCCUCGAUGCAAAUACGUAUCCUAAAAUAUUAAGUUUUAAAUUAGGGAUUUAAAACAUUUCAAAAUACCUCAGACAGAGAGUUAACAUGGAGAACAUUCUGUAUGAUAAAAAAUAUGAAUAGUAUAAAUAAAA